AUCGGUGAUGUGUAGCAUCAUGCUCUUCUAAGUUACUCAUUUUUCUAGACCGCUCACUACACUCCUCAGACUGUCUCAUCCGCUGGAUUUUUGAUCGUCUCAAGAGAGUGCCUUCAGCAUUAUCCUAGUCUCCUCGACACCAGCCAUCAUGACUGAGAAUAAACUGGCCUCCUUUGGGAAGAUGCUGCUGAGGCGUCGUGUGCUGGACACCACACAGGACGAAACCCGCUUCUCCCGUUGUCUCACCACUCUGGACCUCAUAGCUCUUGGUGUGGGGGCAACACUGGGCGCAGGUGUCUAUGUUCUGGCUGGGGAAGUGGCCAGAGAGAAGGCUGGGCCUGCCAUUGUGCUAUCGUUCCUCAUUGCAGCCUUGUCUUCUGUCCUUGCCGGUUUGUGCUAUGCUGAAUUUGGUGCACGGGUUCCCAAAACAGGAUCUGCUUACAUCUACAGUUAUGUGACAGUGGGUGAAAUAUGGGCUUUCAUCACGGGAUGGAACCUCAUUCUGUCAUAUGUGAUAGGCACAGCUAGUGUGGCCAGAGCUUGGAGCUCAACUUUUGACAAUCUAGUGGAGAAAAAGAUCUCUAUUUUCUUCAAUGGAUCCAUGUCAAUCCCAGACACUGGAAAAGUAUUAGCUGAGUAUCCAGACCUGUUUGCCCUCAUCCUGGUCAUGUUGCUUACUGGAUUAUUGGCAUUUGGAGUGAGUGAGUCUGCACUUGUCAACAAGAUCUUCACAGGAAUCAACCUGGUGGUUUUGACAUUUGUCAUCAUAUCGGCCUUUGUGAAAGGCGACACUGCCAACUGGAAUCUCACUGUGGAGGACUACAUUAACAGCACCAACCACUUACAAAUGGCACAAGACAUUGAAAAAGACUUUGGCUCAGGCAGCUUUGCACCAUUUGGCUUUAAUGGAAUCCUUUCUGGCGCUGCCACAUGCUUCUAUGCAUUUGUAGGUUUUGACUGUAUUGCAACAACAAGUGAGGAGGCCAAAAACCCCAUGCGUUCCAUCCCGAUAGGCAUCGUGGCCUCUCUGCUCAUCUGCUUUUUUGCCUACUUUGGAGUUUCUGCAGCCCUCACCCUUAUGAUGCCCUAUUACAUGCUGGAUGUUCAGAGUCCACUGCCCGAGGCCUUCAGCUAUGUGGGCUGGGGCCCUGCUCGCUAUAUUGUGGCUGGGGGCUCUCUUUGCGCCCUUUCCACUAGUUUAUUAGGCUCUAUGUUCCCAAUGCCUCGUGUGAUUUAUGCUAUGGCUGAGGACGGUUUGCUCUUCCGUUUCCUCUCCCGCAUGCACAAAAAAACCAAAACACCCAUCUUGGCCACCAUUGUGUCUGGCACUGUAGCAGCUCUGAUGGCCUUCCUCUUUGAUCUCGCUGCCUUAGUGGAUUUGAUGUCAACUGGGACCCUGCUGGCAUACACACUGGUUGCCGUGUGUGUACUCAUUCUCCGUUACCAGCCAGGCAGUCUUGGCUCCAGUGGUGCAGAUGAGAAGCCAGUAGAACUACAGAGGCUGGAGGCAAAGGGGGCCAUGGCAGAUGUGGAUAGUGGGGAUGAGUAUGGCCAGGAGCUAGAGACAACACCCUUUAAGGAGAGAUUUUCAAUGCGAUUGCUGGUGCAACCAAGCUGUAACGUACCUACCAAAAUUUCGGGCAUCAUUGUUUACUCGGCAACAGGCAUAAUCUCUGUGCUUUUCACUUUGCUGUGUGUGGUGCUGGCAGUGUUUGGGGAGCAGGUGCGGAAGGGAAGCCCUGUUUAUAUCAUUGCUGUUGUUGUCCUAUCUAUUCUCUCCACCAUCUGCAUCUUCAUCAUCUGGAGACAGCCCCCGAGCAAGGAGAUCCUCACUUUCAAGGUGCCUUUGCUCCCCAUUCUGCCACUGAUCAGCAUCUUUGUAAACAUUUACCUAAUGAUGCAAAUGGAUGGACCUACAUGGAUUCGUUUCGCAGUAUGGAUGGCUAUUGGUUUUAUAAUUUAUUUUGCAUAUGGAAUAAGGCACAGCUCUGAGGGUAAAAACAAUUCCCCUCAAAAAUUUUAGCCCAUUCUUCAAAGAAUGAGGCCAGUCUAUCUAACUGAAGAUGACAGCGAACUUGAGGGGGCCACACCCUAAGGAGAGGUACUGUAUUGGUUUGGCAGCCAUGUUACAACCGGUUAUGCUGCAGUUUGCACCAUAUUUUUCUUCUGAAGUCUGUUUCUUAGGUAAACUGUAUAUUUCAUUUUAAACAUUUACCUUGUGUCAGUGUACAAUGGUACUGUAACAAUAUUACUGAUAUAUGUCUGGACUUCUCUAUAUAAUGAACAGUAUUUGGUCUAGUCCUAAAUGGAUUUUGUGUGUGGAAAAGUUGUGGGGUUUUCUUUUUCCAUUACCAGAUCAGAGGUGGGGCACAAGAAAAAAAUGCCUGUCUUUUCUGCCUGUUGGUGUCCUCUGGGCAUUAAAAGGAAUAAUUCACCCAAAAAUGAAAAUUUGCUGAUAAUUU